CGGUCAGGCCCAAUUGCGUGUCCUCGACGGUACUAGGCUCUGCGGGCGGCAUGGCUCUGCCGUAUGAGGGCGCGCGAAAUCUUGCUCCUGCGUCCUGCGUCCUAAGUCUGCGUCCACGUCUGCAACUUUUUGGCUAGGAAUCGAGCGUUGUGUAGCGUCGGUAGAGCAGGGGGGAAUAGAGCGGCGGUGGUAAGCGGGGCGGAUUCGGAUUCGGAUGCAACGUCGUGUACUUCUGGCACAGGCACAAAAGAGGUUGCGACACACUCUGGACAAGCGUCGAGUCGGCCGCGGCGCGCGGCUUCAUUGUCUCGAGAUGGCAAAAGGCAGUGUCGAAGCCCAAUGCGAUGGUAACAUGGCAAGAAAGAAGGAGGGAAGGGAGAAGAGGAGUGGAAGAUUAGGAGAGUUUCGAGAAGUCUUAGAAAUUCGGCCGGACGGACUCUUUGAUGAUUCUCGAAGCUGGAUAAGGGUUGGCCCGGGGCAGGGUUCGCACAGAAGAUGGAGGGGAGAUGGAUGGCUGAAUUACCCUGUAUCCAGGUUCUUUCGAAAUUUCUGUGAUACAACCGGCAAACGACCUACUCUUUCUUCACCCUUAUUACCUGGGACCUAUUAUCUACCACACCUAUUUUGUUUCCUCGGCGCAAUCGCAAUCUCGAAUCCUUCAAAGCUGCAGUAACGGCGGUCAGCUGCAGUAGUCUCUUUCCCCCCCGCAAAGGUAAAACGUCAUGAAUAGUUUUUUGAAGUUUUUUAGGUUUUUUUUUCUUUCUUCAGUUCUUUUUUUUGCUUCUUCUUAAUAGAAAUAAUCGUAUUAAUAUAUGAUUUCGUCC